AUGGACACACAGGACAAGAAGAACCUUUCAGCCGACCUUCAGGAGCAAGUUGAAGCUCUGACAUUAGAAAACCGUCAGCUCUGUGACAGAAACGAAAACCUUCUCACCAAAGUCGGCUACCUGGAGAGCAGACUAGGCUGCCUGGUCACUUCCAGCACGGAUCUGACCUGCAGGCUGAUGCAGAGUGAAGAGGAACGACUGAAGAUAUCCAAGGAGCUGCUGGAAGUCAAACUUGAGGUUAACAAAAUGAGGGAGCAGUUUGAAGAAGAGGCGUUUGAGCUGAAAAACGAGUUAUUGAUCCAAGACGGCGUGAAAACACAUCUUGAGAUGGAGCGACAGAGGUUAUGCAGAGAACUGAAAUCUACUGCAGUGCGUCUGGAAGUGGGCGAGAAGAGUGGCCAGACCCUGACUGAGGAGUACGCCGCCAUGAAAAAGAACUAUAUGGCUUUGGCUGAGGCUCAUGACAGAGAGCUGGCCCAGAGUGAGGAGCUGAGUGCUGAGUUACUGAGAUUGGCUCAGGCCCAGGACGCCCUCCGCAAGGAGCUGGAAGAGCAGCAGCACAGUGCAAAAGCUUCCACCAAGGGCCUCCACGGGGAGCUGGACCGGGUCCGAGCUUUGGUCAGCCGCUUGUCUCAUGACAGAGUGAGGCCUGAAGAUCUGGCAGCGUUGGACAAAGAUCAAAAAUCUAUGGAGAAAAGUCUGCUUGGAAACCAAGUUGAAAUGAGAGACAUGCUGGAGAAAAUGAAGAACAGCUACGAGGAGCAGCAAAGGAAACUGGAGGAGAAAGUGUGAGUCGCAGUGAACGGCAAUCAGCAGGAGAACAAGAGAGCGAUCCAUAUCACCCAGCAGAAACUCUCCCAACAGAGCGCGGAGCUGAUGUGCUCUGAAAACCAAGUCCGAGAGGUGGAAGAAGCGAACUCAAAGCUGCAGUUCCACAUCAAACACCUGAAUGAGCAAUUUCGUGUGAGGCUGGUGUGCUAUCUACAGGAUAUAGCUGAGUACAUUGAUGCACAUGUGGAAAGUAGAGCCCACUCAGAGGGGAACACGAUGAGGACAUUUGUGGACAGAAUGCUGCAGGAUGUCCAUUCGUCCUACAGGGUCAGGGAGGAACAGCUGGCCUCUGACGUUCACUGGUAUAAAAAGAGGCUCCGGAGGAUCACCAAAACCUAUCACGCCCUCCUCACUGCGUACAGGAUUCAGAGGGAGCAGAUUUUGGCCAAACCAGAUUGUGGUCUUAACCCUGGACCACCUGAAGGUAACUUUUGCCCAGAUUCUGCUGAGUUGGCAGGUGAAACUGAGAAGGAGCACCAACAUCUCCACCAGGAAAAGACAAAGCUGGAGGCACUGGAGCUGCAGGUGACCCUAGAGCAGGUGGAUGUUCUCAAAAUUCUCCUUCAGACUAGUAGCCUUCACGAGCCGGUGCAGCUGGGUGAAACAUAUGGGGAAUCCUGGGUGGACGUAAGGAAACAGCUGAAGGAGCUCACAGACUCCACUCUGGAAAACUAUGAGAAAGAGCGAGCGCAUCUCAUCACUCGAGCCGCCGUUGCUGAGGCACAAGUGGCGGAGUUCCAGGACUAUGUUGUCAACCACCUGGGCAGGUAUAAGCGCAACAUCAUGCAUCUCCGCAGACCACACGGGAUAGAAGAGGUGUCACCAGGACGUUCCCAAAGCGCUGAAGCCAUUCUACCCUUAUAA